CAAUACAAGAGAAGAAACUGGAGGCAUUACUGAGUAGUAGCAGCAGCAGCAGCAGCAGGACUGCAGGAAAGAGACGGCCGAUCGAAAGAGGGGCAGGAGAGCGAGUUUGGGGAUGGGAGGGGGAGGGACGGCUCUCGGAAGCGGCAGGCGCGGUACGCAGCUGGUCUGACUAACAGGUUGUUGAAUGCAGUGGGCGGGGGAGGGCGUGGUGUCAAGUGUGCCUCGCGUCCGCGGCAUCUCAGGUACAAGUGGCGGUGUUAUCAGAGUCUCGACCAGUGACGCAGGAAAGGAAAAGAAAAAGAGGCUGAUUGUGGGAAGAUGAAACACGAUUAGAAAAUGCGUCGCGACGCGUCCAGGGAAGGGUGUUAGAGAAGUGUUUUGGUAUGGUGAAUGACUGGCGGCCAGCAGACACAUGACUCAUGAGAGGUGAUGGCGUCAGUACUCCUGGGUGGCGGUGCCGAGCAUGACCACAGCUCACGCAGUUCCCUCUUGCAACACAGUGAUCAGGAUGGAGGCAGCGGCUGGAGGAAAUAAGAGUCACAUAACAGGCGUGCAACUCGACACACACACCACUCCUGGCUGUGUUUAGUCCUCGUGUUACAGUGAGGCGAGACACCACCUCCACACACGGGCCACUCUCUGCUCACUAUACUGUGCUGGGCUAACUAUUACCAUUUCAUCCAUUACAGUGUCUCGGCUGGAGUCAGUGUUGCCUCAGGAAUCAUAUAAUAAGUCAAAGCAGGCGGCAUGUCGGCAGUAGUGAACGGGCACCGGGAGGAGGGCGAGGCGGGGGCGGAAGGAGGAUCAGGAGCAAGUGGGUUUCCUCGAGGUCGUCCCCACCACGGCCACAUCCUCCCUAUGUUGAGUUUCAGCGCCUCCACACCGACGGAAGACGAAGACCCGCUGGAGAACGAUCCCGUUCUGGCAAUUGACUCGCCUCUGUGGGAGCAGCCGGAGGUAGAAGUGGUGGUGACGGAACCCACCUCCUACCACCACCAUAAUCACGACCCGUCAUCACCGCCACACCACCACCGCCACCACCACCAGGACGAUGAACGCUUGCCCCUCAUACCACAAGAGCGAAGCGUUUUGAUAAUAGACAGCGGCCGAAGCAGUGACGAAGACGACGAGGUGAACGAGAGAAUGCCGCUAUUGAGUGACAGUGGUGGUGGUGGUGGUGGUGGUGGCGGCGGCGGUUGUGGUGUUGGUCUCUCCUUACCACUCAACUUAUCGAGAAGAGCCUCAUCCCAGGUUGGGCUGCCGAUGGCUAAUGGUGACCCGGGCGGGGACAUGUCAAGUACCAUCGCCUCUUUUCUCCGCAUCAGGGCAGACCCCUCUCAUUCCCAAGUCAGGGAGAAGGAAGGCGGCGCGGAAGAAGCCGCGGGACUGAGGGAGGUGGCGGGCAGGCUGGUGACGGAGGUGCUGGCGAGGGCCAAGGAGCAAGCUGCCACCACCACCACCUCCUCUAAACAGAUGACGCCGGACGAAAGGUUGAUGGAGAUGGUUCGUGGGUUCGUGAGCGACAUAAUGGCCCGCGCCAAGGCUGAGGCUUACGACAGCAUGUGUCACAUUCAGAACAAUAACAAUAACCUCGUGAUGGGAAAGGAGGAGGCAGCGAGGAGUGGCACAGUGGGCGGGCGUGACAAGCGUCACGAUGGGGCACACGGCCUGGCGUCCCCAAGCAGUGCAUCGGGUGGGAGGACCUACCGGAGGGGCGGCCCGUGGUAUGUACAGAUGGGACGUGUCUUUUCCUCCUUCCUCACUCGCAUCUGCCCGUGCCGGUGUCCCACCAAGCCAUGAGGUCUGGCCAACCCUUCCUUUUCCUUGCGUGCCGCUGCCAGCGCCCUUGGGGACUGGGUGUAAGCUCCAGGGUAGGGAGGGGUCGCCAAGGGUGUUUUGUGCUUUGCUGUAAAGUGGACGUCGUUGUAAGUGUCCAGCGACCACCUCGGCGUAGUUACAUGGCUCCCAGGGCUCUAACUUUGCCUGAAAAUGACGCAGAGUUGCUUUGUAACCGGGGUCGGCGUGGCAAGGAGUUGGCGAGGUGGUGGUGGUGGUGGGAGGGGUGUGAGGCUGUACGUAGUACCUUCUUACCUACAUACUCUACUCCAAUUGGUCACUCAAUGGUGGCAUUCGGUGCUCAUUCUAUUUUUAAGUUGUAUACUUCACUCUUACCCACGACUGUCGCUCCAGUACGUAGUGUCCUCUCCUUCCCUGGCCGAAACCACAGGACUCGGCAACCGUCAAUCGUCUCAAUGCUACUCUUCCGAUCCCUGCAAUGCCUGUCAACCUCACCUCGAAUCUCAAGACGCCUCAAUGCAAACCUAUUUUUGUACAUUAUAAGUUAUUGUAAUGCUAAGAUUUCCUCUGAGAGAGAGAGAGAGAGAGAGAGAGAGAGAGAGAGAGAGAGAGAGAGAGAGAGAGAGAGA